AUGUCUUCCCCAGCAAAGACCCCCGCGGAAGAGCAGUCUCGUGCGCCUGCCUAUCCCACGUCCUACCCACCAGCCAACACAGGGAUGAGGGGAAACAUGCCCGCACCAGGCCUCCCUGUCCCCAUGCCCAACCUGUCUGGCACCGCAAAUGGCCCUGUUGGUAACCUGCUCAGAGGCCCUGUCGAUGAGAACGGGAAGUUGACCAAGGCUGCUCUGAUGGUUGGCAUCAAGCUGGAUUUGGAAGCCGAGGUUCACUUGACUGCCCGCGUCCGUGGUGACAUCCUUGUUGGUUUAUACUAA